AUAAUCAAUCGGAUUGAAGAUAAAAUACAAUUUAUUGAUGAAUAAAUAAAAUAAACAUUUCCAUCUGCUUUGACAGUGACGAUGCAGAGGAUAAAGAGAAAAAUUAUAUGUUCUGCUGUCAACAGUGGAAUUGGGAAAAACAAACUAUACUUGAAAAUAAAAACAACAAAAACAAACAAACAAACUUGCCCGUUUACCGGCCCCAAUUAUCUUUGUAAUGCGUGGACGGUCAUUAUUUAAUUUAUUUUUGUAUUUUGAUGCUCUGAUAACAUGACAUCAGCAGCCCGCAGUUUGGCUUUUUAAAAAGUCCUCCUGUUUUAGUCGUCAAGAAGAAGUAUUAUUCUCCAUGGCCAAAGUUUCUUGUAUCCAUUUCUCCUUCAUUUCUUUCUUAAUUCUCAUCCUCUUUUCUCAUUCAUGGUUUCCACUACUCAAACCAGGAAUUCUUGGAUCCAGAAACCGAGUUUUUGGCUCACUUUCAAAGACCAAGGUUCAACAAUCCAAGAACCACUUAACCGAGAACUACCACCACCCUCUAGACCCACUUACUGUAAAAGAAAUCAACAAGGUUCGUACCAUUUUGUCAUUAUAUUCUCCUUUCUUUUCCUUUUCUCCUACAAUUCACUCACUCACACUUGAAGAACCGGAUAAGUCUCGGGUUUUAGGGUCGAAAAGAGGUCAUCCAUUUCCUCCUAGAAAGGCACGUGUCAUUGUUUUAUCAGAUGGUAAGUCUCACGUGAUAUCCGUUGACUUGGAUUUGAACCGGGUGACUGAUCAUGCUAUCAAUACGGGUUCGGGUUAUCCGCAGAUAACUAUGGAGGAUAUGAAUAUGGCAGUGAACGUUGCACUUUCUAAUGCCCAAUUCAACAAGUCGGUGCUUGAACGAGGUGUUGGGUUGUCGGAUUUGGUUUGUCUUGGGUUGUCAGCUGGUUGGUAUGGGCCUAGUGAAGAAGGAAGGAGGGUUAUGAAAGUCCAAUGUUUUUACAGCGAAAACACUCCGAAUUUCUACAUGAGGCCCAUUGAAGGCUUAACUGCUACUGUGGAUUUAGACAACAAACAGGUUGUUCAAAUUUUUAAUACGGGUCGGAACAUACCAAUUCCCCCAGGUAACAACACCGAUUACCGUUUUCAGGUCCAAGACAAGCUACCUGAAAAGGAUCCACUUAAAUCAAUAUCAAGUGAGAAGUCCAAUGGGCCAAAUUUUAUUGUUGAAGAUGAGCACAUAGUGAAAUGGGCUAACUGGGAGUUCCACCUUAAGGCCGACCAACGAGUUGGUAUGGUGAUUUCUCAAGCUAGGGUUCGAGAUUCUGAAACCGGAGAGACGAGGAGUGUGAUGUACAAAGGGUUUGCCUCCGAAUUGUUUGUACCAUAUAUGGACCCGGACGAUAGCUGGUACUUUAAGACAUAUAUGGAUGCGGGUGAGUUUGGGCUUGGGGCUUGUUCAUCGAAACUUGUACCACUAAAUGACUGUCCUGGAAACUCGUACUUUAUGGAUGGGGUUUUUGUGGCCUCCGAUGGAAAGCCCUAUGUCCAGCCCAACAUGAUUUGUGUGUUCGAAAGAAAUUCUGGUGAUAUCAGUUGGCGUCAUACAGAGGUUAUUCUAACUGAUCCUAAGAUCAAUGAAGCUAGACGGAAGGUUACACUCGUGGUUCGAAUGUCUGCAUCAGUGGGAAACUACGACUACAUUUUCGAUUGGGAAUUUCAAACCGAUGGUUUGAUUCGAGUAAAGGUUGGGCUCUCUGGAAUGCUAAUGGUAAAAGGGACUUCUUAUGAGAACGUAUAUGGUAUACAUAACCAAGAGGAUCUAUCCGGUCCACUUGUAUCAGAAAAUGUUAUCGGUGUGCUUCAUGACCAUUAUAUUAAUUUCCACCUUGACAUGGACAUAGAUGGCCCUAACAAUUCAUUUGUUAAGGUUGAUAUGGUGAAAGAAAGCACUUUGCAAGGCCAAUCACCAAGGAAAAGUUACUUGAAAGCUAAAAGAAAUAUAGCGAAGACAGAAAAUGAUGCAAAAAUUAAGCUUAAGCUUUAUGAUCCUUCAGAAUUCCAUGUAAUCAAUCCAGAUCGACGGUCUAGAUUGGGAAACCCAUCAGGUUACAAGCUUGUGCCUGGAGGUACUGCUGCCAGUUUACUUGAUCUCUAUGAUCCUCCACAAUUAAGAAGUGCUUUUACAAACAACCAGAUAUGGGUGACUCCCUACAAUCGGACUGAACAAUAUGCCGGAGGGCUUUUUGUGUGUCAGAGCAAAGGAGAUGAUACACUUGCUGUAUGGUCGAAAAGAAACCGUCCAAUUGAGAACAGAGACAUUGUGUUAUGGUACACUCUAGGAUUCCAUCACAUACCAUGCCAAGAGGAUUUUCCAAUAAUGCCGACAGUGUCAUCCAGCUUUGAUCUUAAGCCUGUGAAUUUCUUCGAGCGGAAUCCAAUUUUAAGGGUCGCACCAACUGCUGAAGAUGAUUUACCUGUUUGUAGGCCAUCAACAUCGUUUUGAUGUAUCUGCGUUAUUUUUAUUAAAUGGCCAAAAUCUCAUUUGGGAUGUAAAACUAUUAUUUUUCUAUCACGGUGUAUAGAUAGAUGGUUUUACCAUCAGAAAAUUUUUUAUUACUAACUUUUGAAUUACUUCGUAAAGUUUAAAAAUAUAUUGAUGGAUUAUAUGAGUUUAGUCAAAAAGUAUGAAGGUAAAGUAAA